AUGAGCGACCGAGGCCGAGGACAGCAGAUGGACGUCAUCCUGCAGGAUUACGACAACAUGGGCAUGGAGAGUAUGGAUCAGAUGGCGCGGCCGUACGACCCCAUGGGCCCCCCGCCCCCGAUGGAGGCUCGCCCGUACGACGAGCGGCAGAUGGCCCCGGCCGACGACGGGUACUACGACGACAGCGGCCCCAGUGUGGGCCCGGGGCGGCCGCUCCGCGCGCAGCACGCGCGCGUUCCGGUGCCCGCGGCGGUCGAGGCGGCUGCGAACGUCGCUGAGGAGGCGCUGAGGCAGGAGCUCCAGAACGCCUUGGAGGAGAACGCGCAGCUUCGCAUGGCUUUGCAGAUCGAACGCAAGGAGCGCGCCGAGAUGCUGGAGGCGUUCGAGGGCGACAUCAUGGACAGCAUCGAGAACUUCAUGACCACCAUGGACUACCUCGUCGAGGUGAAGGACGUGUUGAUGCGUCCCGAGGGCGUGAGCAAUCACCCGCACCAGGAGGAGGCCACCCAGGCCGCCGGGGAGCUGACCAAGCGGCAGGAGACGCUCGAGGACGACCUCAACUUCAUCGAGGAGGUCCACGCGAAGCGCACGCCGAUCAAGCCGGGCGUGCGCUUCAACACCGUCGCAGAGAUCGGCAACCUUAAGAUACGGUUCUCCGAGUGGUGCAAGGACUUCGAGCGGCGCAUCGACCAGCUGUACGAGGCUGUGACCGGCACGCCCGCGGCCAGCUCGCGCCGGCGGGUCGACCGCGCGCCGGACGCCGGCCAGCGUGCGCCACAACCCCCGCAAUUCGAUGACGCAGCGCGGCAACUGCAGUACCCGGAGGACGACUCGGAGCCGGCGUCCUCGAUCGAGCAGGCGGCGCCGGCGCCCGUGGACUCGCGGCAGCGGUCGCUGGGGGGGGGCUCGUUCUCACAAGGGGGGGAGUCGCUGUCGCAGGAGCCGUCGCAGUCGGAGCUGUCGAAGACGAGCUCGAAGCGGCGGUUCGGCCUGUUCGGCUCGAAGAAGGGCAGGAAGUGA